AUGACCAACGAUAACACGAACAUAACCAUCAAUACUAUCAACGUUGCAUUCUUCAUGUUCUACAUUGCUGCUUUCGCCUAUUAUCAACCAAGGAGGAAAUACCUUUAUGGACAACUAUUUGCAUGUGCAGCAGUGAUCAAGCUGAUCUUCAUGUACGUCGACAUGCAGAGGAUCGAUGUAGCACCCGAUGUGAUGGGUUCGAUCGCAGCAGCAACGCAGAUCGCCUCCCUUGCUGGUGGUAUCUAUGAAAUUAAACGAGCGAUCACAUUUGGACAUACGGAAUACCUACCGGCCCUGUUCCAAUACGCCAUGUUCCUGCUUAUUGUGCAGUGGCUUGCUUUUGGUCUUUUGACAGGAAACCAAUACAUUGCGAUCGCCAACGCGGCUGCUCUUGUUGUGAACGUCGCGACAAUUGCUCUGUACUUCAUAUACCCACCACUAACGUGGCGCGUUCCCAUUAUUGGUACUGGACCGCAACUGAAGGAAGGAAAGAAGGAAUAA